AUGGGCAAGGCUGCUAAAAAGAAGUACUCCGGAACAACGUCGUCAAAACAAGUCUCUGCGGAAAAGCACUUAAGUUCAGUAUUUAAAUUCAAUACUGACUUGGGUCAGCAUAUUUUAAAAAAUCCUUUGGUGGCACAGGGGAUUGUUGAUAAGGCACAGAUCAGGCCUUCGGAUGUUGUCUUGGAAGUUGGUCCCGGUACAGGAAAUCUAACAGUAAGAAUUCUAGAACAAGCGAAAAACGUGGUAGCUGUAGAAAUGGACCCUAGAAUGGCGGCAGAAUUAACCAAGAGAGUACGUGGUACACCUGUGGAGAAAAAGCUGGAAAUCAUGUUGGGAGAUUUCAUGAAAACUGAAUUACCGUAUUUUGACGUAUGUAUCAGUAAUACACCUUACCAAAUCUCAUCGCCUCUAGUUUUCAAGUUGAUUAACCAGCCAAGACCACCAAGGGUAUCCAUUCUUAUGUUUCAAAGAGAGUUUGCUUUAAGAUUAUUGGCAAGGCCUGGCGAUUCAUUAUAUUGUAGAUUAUCCGCUAAUGUACAAAUGUGGGCUAACGUUACACAUAUUAUGAAAGUGGGGAGGAACAACUUCAGACCACCGCCUCAAGUGGAAUCUAGUGUUGUCAGAUUGGAGAUCAAAAAUCCCAGACCACAAGUGGAUUACAACGAAUGGGAUGGUUUAUUAAGAAUCGUAUUUGUAAGGAAAAACAGGACGAUCUCAGCUGGCUUUAAAUCAACCACCGUGAUGGACAUACUGGAGAAAAAUUUCAAAACAUUUUUAGCAAUGAACAACGAAAUGGUGGAUGAUACAAAGGGCUCUAUGCACGACGUUAUCAACGAGAAGAUUGACACCGUGCUCAAAGAGACCAACUUAAAUGACAAAAGAGCUGCCAAAUGUGAUCAAAACGAUUUUCUAAGACUACUAUACGCCUUCCACCAAGUCGGUAUCCAUUUUUCGUGA